AACAAUGCAAAUGAUGUGUGAGAUUAUCAUCACUACAAACCAGCAAACUUCCGGUAUACCCUGGUACUGCUGACAACACACGCCAAGCAGCUGAGGCGAUGACCUUGGGUUCCUAGUUGCUCGCGAAGACUAAAUGGGAGAAAAAAAUGCCUUCUUAGCGCCAUUAAGGGGGCUGGCCUGCGGCGUCAAAAGACUAUGAUUUUGAUUAAGCCGCCAACGGACUUUGGUAAAGUCACAACUUCAUUCGUGAAACUGGGAGUGUGAAGUUAGAAUCUCCAAAAGCCCGGCCAAUUUAAAAUUCCACGGUAGAACUAACCAACCUUGCAAUUCCGCUAAAGAAGUAUUUUGGCCAUCUCCGCUCACCGUCCGCGCGGCGUCCGGAAGCAACCCUAAGCUCCACCCCCUGCGCUCCUGUCGGCGCGAAAACCCAACUGACAAGAGCUCCUUGCAAAGCCCGCAGACCUAGUUGUGUUCGGCCUGGUUUCCCGGCCUGGACCCUGGCUGGUCCCGAGCCCUCAGUCUAGAGCCCCCGCUUCAGGGGCAACUCGCACUCAGGGUUCGCGCCCCAGGGUCCUCGCUGCCUGCGCUUUCUUACCGCCUGUUCUCGCAUUCGACUGGGUUGAGCUGGGCCCAGGCUCCGCCACUUCCCCGGGCAGGUGGACGCGGGGGAGUCCGAGACUGACCCGCGGCCCAGCUCCUCGCUGCAGUAGGAGCCGGCCGCCUUCAUGGCUUCCAGGCAGGCCGGGCCGGGCCACGCAAGGUCCUAGGAGACUGGAUUCAGGGAAGCAAAGAGCAUGGUGGGGGUACUGGCCAUGGCGGCGGCAGCUGCAGCCCCUGUGGUGAAGGACUACGAGAUUGAGACAUGCAAAAAACGAAGGAAAGAUGAUGACAGAUCUUCCUGCAAAACUAUUACAAAAUAUUUAUCACCAAUAGGGAAGACUAGAGACAGGGUUUUCUCUCCACCAAAAUCCAGUAAUAUUCUGCAUUAUUUUAGAAAGACUUCACCCACAAAUGAGAAGAUGCAGUCAGCAAAAGAAUGCAAGUUCAAGUCAACUGAGCCAUUGCCUGCUGACAGUGGCAAAAUCUGUAAAACAUCUUUGGAAAUGUUUUCAAAUACUGAGUUUAAGAAGAGAAGAACAAGAGUUAAUUUAUCUCAUCAACUAAGUAAUAUUAAAACUGAAAACCAGUCUCCAAUUCAAAUUAAUAGUGAUGAUAGCAAAGAAAAAUCUAGUCUAAGUAAUGAUUUUGUGGAAAGUAAUAAUUCCAUUUUACUGUACAAGAAGCAUGUAGAAGUACUUGCGGAAAGUAUUCAAGAUAUCAAAAAACAGUCUAGCACUGUGACCUUCAAAAAAAGUUCUAAGAAAGUAAAUCCUAAACAAGGGAUCACAAAAAAUGACUGUAGAAAAUUGAGGAAAAGGAAGCACAGAGAUACAAUAGAUCUAUCUGAAAGUUUACCCUUGGCAAAGGAACUAAAUAUCCUUAAAGAUGGUAAAGAUAGUAAACAGAUAAUGUCUCCCCUAACUAAUGAAAUAGAGAGUACUCCAAAUCAUGACUCUAGAGCUAAUAUAACUAAAACAAACCAGUUCAAUGAUAGUACAGUAACUGUCUCAUAUGAGGAAUUUUUGAAAAGUCACAAGGAAAAUAAAAUGGAACAGAUACCAGACUGCACAAUGUCAAUUUGUAUGCCUUCUGAAACUGUUCAAGAUACAGUCAACGGUGGUUAUAUAAGUGACACAGAAACCUGUGGAAUUUCCCAACAGGUACACUUUAAGACAGUUACUGUUCUUGCACAAGUUCACCCUAUCCCCCCAAAAAAGACAGGGAAAAUACCCUCAAUUUUCUUAAAACAAAAGCAGUUAGAAAUGGAAAAUAGUUUAUCUGAUCCUGAGAAUGAACAGACAAUUCAGAAAAGAAAAUCUAAUGUUGUUAUACAGGAGGAAGAAUUAGAAUUAGCAGUUUUGGAAGCUGGAAGUUCUGAAUCUGUGAAGCCAAAAUGCACUCUAGAGGAAAGACAACAGUUUAUGAAAGCAUUCAGACAGCCAGCAUCAGAGGCACUGAAAAAUGUAGUAAAAAAGUCUUCUAAUAAGCAGAAAGAGCUCAGUGAAAAAUCUUUAAAUGAGGAAGGAAGAGACAAUUCUAAAACUAUGGAAAAUCCCAAUAUCCAAAUGGUUUCAAAUAAUGACAGUUCACAGUCACACACUGAUAAAAGAAGUUUUCCUAAGGAGAAAAGUAAAAAGCUAAAGAAAAAGGAUAAGAAAAUGUUAGAUAGUGGUGCUACUGCAGGUGAGAAUAAAAAAGGAAAUGCUCAAAAGAAAGAAACAACUUCUUCCUAUAUAGAUAAACAAAAUCAAAAUGGGCUUAGAAUGAGUUUAAGACAAAAGAAAACAGAAGUUUCCAAAAAUAACAUAUUUUACAGUGAAAGCUUUGUUUGUGAAGAGAUAAAUGGUAACCCUCUAAAGAUUUCCUCUCCAUAUAACAAGUCUUCAAGAAAAAUCAGCAUACCAGUUAAAGACAAGAUUAUACACUCUAAAGCUGAAACUGAAGACAGCUUGGUAAAUGUUUCUACACCCAAAUCAACCAAAAGAUCUGUAAGAAAUAGCAGCAUGCUUACUACAGUAAUCAUUAGAGGUAUUGAUUCUGAAGAUGCACAAGAUGAUAGUCCAGUGAAAGCUUCCACUCCAAAAGCAGCCAGUUUAUCAGAAAAACACAGCUUAUAUUCAGCAGAAUUAAUAACAAUACCCUCUGAUUCAGAAAGCCCUAUUAGAAUGAAAUUCACCAAAAUUAGUACUCCCAAAAAAUCUAAGAAAAGAUCUGGGAAAUCUGAAGGAUCUGGUAGAGAUUCUACUUCCCAGACUAAAAAAAAGGCAAGCAGUGCUUCAAAAACUAUAUCAAAAGCAAAACAAUUGAUUGAAAAAGCAAAAGCUUUACACAUUAGUAAGUCAAAAGCUGUUGAAGAAAUAGUGACACCCUUAAGGCGUUCAUCUAGACAUCAGAUGCUUCCUGAAAGGAAGAACUUGUCAGACACAGAAGACUCUGUAAUAAUAAUAGAUCCAAAUCCUCCUUCUUUAAAGCAUCCUGAGAAAAAUCAGAAUAAACUUCAGUGUCUGAAUGAUGUGCUAGGAAAAAAACUAAACAAGACUACUAAAAAUGAACCUGGUAAAAUGAAAGUCGCUCCUUUAUUUCUUACCAGAAAGACUCAAAAAACACCUGAUUCUAUCUUUGGUUUUGAUGAAAGCAGUCAAGAUACACCUGAAAAGUGUCAGGGUUGUGAUGUGCAAUUUAAAGCAAAGCGUGACUUUCUAAUGAGUGGUUUACCAGAUCUGUUGAAACGACAAAUUGCGAAGAAAGCUGCUGCCUUAGAUGUGUAUAAUGCAGUGAGUACCAGUUUCCAGCGAGUCAUUCAUGUACAACAAAAAGAUGAUGGGUGCCAUCUGUGGCAUUUGAAACCACCUGCUUGUCCUCUCUUAACUAAACUUAAUGAAUUGAAUACUAAAGUGGUAGAUCUCUCAAAAUGUCUUAUUGCUCUUGGUGAAUUUUCAACAUUAAAUUCAAAUUCAAAAAGUAAUAAUUCUGCUGUUGUGUUUAUGGGGAGAAGGAAAGACUUGACUGAAGAAGACAGAAAUCUUUUGUUGGAGGAAAUUAAAUGGUCAAAUCCUGAAUUUUCUUUGAGGAAAUAUUUUCCUUUGCUUCUGAAAAAACGAAUUGAGCACCAGGUACUUUCUGAGUGUCAUCAUAAACAAGAAAGUGCACAACUAGAGCCCGAUGUCAAACAGAAAGAAACAAAGAGGAAACGAGUGGAAAGAGCAAAUUCUAAGUCAAAAAGAAAGAAACCAAAUGAAUAUUCAGAAAGUCCAAAAAAGACAAAUGAGAAACCAGAAGAACUUGAUAAAAGAAACAACUCCACUAGGGUAAAGCUAGACUCUUCCAAAGGUCUGUUUUCUAAAACAUCCAGGAAGAAACAAACUGCUUGGAGUAUAACAUGUGAAGUGGAAAGAGAAGCAGUAGAAGAUUGUGAUAUUCUGAUACUAGACCAUGACAAAGAGUCUACAUCAGAAAUGCCUGAUUCUGGAAUUGAAGACAUGCUUUGGACAGAAAAGUAUCAACCUCAGAACUCCAGUGAACUCAUAGGCAAUGAGCUAGCUAUAAAAAAAUUACAUAGUUGGUUGAAUGAUUGGAAAAGAAGAGCUGAAUUGGAAGAAAGACAGAAUUUGAAGGGAAAAAAGAAUGAGAAACAGGAAGAUCUAUCGGAUAACAGAGAUUUUAAAGGCAGCUCAGAUGAAGAGAAUCGUCUUUGCAAUACUGUUCUUAUAACAGGGCCAACAGGAGUGGGGAAAACUGCUGCAGUUUAUGCUUGUGCUCAGGAGCUUGGAUUUAAGAUAUUUGAAGUGAAUGCCUCUUCUCAGCGCAGUGGUAGACAAAUUCUUUCUCAACUGAAGGAAGCUACUCAGUCCCAUCAAGUAGACAAACAAGGUGUAAAUUCACAAAAACCUUGUUUUUUUAGCAGCUACAAUGUAGGCAAGUCACCAAAAAAAUUAAACUCCCCUAAGAAAGCUGUUUCAUCACCAAGGAAACUUCCUCCACCAUCAUCACAAAGUAGUGGACCAAAGCGAACACUUCCACCUAAAACUUUGGCAAAUUAUUUUAAAGUGUCUUCCAAGACAAGAAAUAAUGAAAAAACAGGAGCCCUUCUGGAAAAUAAUAAAGGGAUCAAAUCUUUUGAACAGAAGCAAAUUAUUAAGACUAAGUCUAUAAACACAACUAAUUCAAAUGUCAGAGAAUUUGGACCUGAGGAACCCAACAGGAAAAAUGCAACAUCUCUCAUUCUUUUUGAAGAGGUUGAUGUCAUUUUUGAAGAAGAUGCUGGCUUUUUGAAUGCAAUCAAAACAUUCAUGGCAACAACUAAAAGACCUGUAAUCCUUACUACAAGUGAUCCCACAUUUAGUUUAAUGUUUGAUGGCUGCUUUGAAGAAAUUAAUUUCAGUACUCCUUCGCUGCUAAAUGUUGCCAGCUACCUACAGAUCAUCUGCUUGACUGAGAAUUUUAGAACAGAUGUAAAAGACUUAGUAACAUUGUUAUCUGCAACUACUUGUGAUAUCAGAAAAAGUAUCCUUUAUUUACAAUUCUGGAUUAGAAGUGGAGGUGGAUUUUUAAAGGAAAGACCAUUAACCCUUUGUCGAGGAAGUGGCAGAAAUGUACAACUUGUUUCCUCUGAAGAGGACCCUGAUUCCAAAAAUAAGACUAAAAAUACUAAAACAAACCUGAUAGGCCUUCCCAAAUGUGAUACUGGCUGUGCUGAGACCUUGUUUGGCCUUAAGAAUAUUUUUUCUCCCUCUGAAGACUUAAUUUCAUUUUUAAAGCACAAAAUCAGAACAAGGGAAGAAUGGCAUAAACUCAUCCAGCUCCUUACAGAAUUCCAAAUGCGGAAUGUAGAUUUCUUAUAUAGUAAUCUUGAGUUCAUUCUACCAUUACCUAUUGAUGUAAUUCCAGAAACAGAAAACUUUUGUGGUUCAUCAAUAAAUGUGGAUACCAGGGCAGCUACAAAAAAUGUGAAGCGUCUUGUUAGGAAACAUUCAGAAGCAAAGAAGACAUUGAAAAAGUCACAAAAAAAGAAACAUAAGAGAAAGAUGGUAAUUCUAGAUGACAGUGACUUAUUUGACACUGCACUAGACUUUUUUGAUGCAUCUAGCCUUUCCCCUGCAUCUUGUUCCUUAAAUUCAGAAGAAAGCAAAACCAGAGACAAAGAAAGCAAUUCAGAGACAAAGAAACCAAACGAAUGUUUAGCGUCUAACAUUGAAUCUAUUCCUUGUCCUCAAACACCAGCAGAAAAAAAAUGUUCUGCCCUUGUUUCUCACUGUUUAAAUUCUCUCACUGAGUUCAUGGAUAACAUGUCCUUCUUAGAUGCUCUUUUAACGAAUGUAAGGGAACAAAAGGAAUUUGGUAAAAACGACUUUAGUUGGACAAACGGAAAGGUUAAAAGUGGUCUUUGUGAUGAGUUUAGUCUCGAGACUAGUGAUGGAUGGACUUCUCAAAGCUCUGGAGAAUUAAAGGCAGCUGUAGAAGCUCUCAGCUUUACUAAAUGUUCAACUACUAUUUCAAAAGCAUUGGAAACCUUGCAUUCUUGCAAGAAAUUAGGAAGAGACCAAACAAAAGAACUCACUUUCUGUGUUUCACAAAAGCGCAGCAAUGUGUACUUUAGUCAAUCAGCGGCUAAUACAGACAGUGUGCGGAAGAGGGUAGCAGUCAUUAAAAGUGUAUUUUCUAGCCGAUCACUUCUGAACCUGAGUAAUAGGCAAGCUAGUAUAAUUGAAUACUUGCCAACUCUUCGAAACAUUUGUAGGACUGAGAAGCUAAAGGAACAAGGAAAAAGUAAAAGAAGAUUCUUGCACUAUCUUGAAGGAAUUCAUCUUAAUAUUUCAAAAGAGACUGUGAACACUUUGGCAUCUGGCUUCCCUUAAUAUUCCACAUUAACCAUGCCUUUUAUGGAUUGUUAUGUGGUCCUUAACAUACAUUUUUUAUUGAUUUUCAUGGAAGUGUUUAUUUUUCUUCAUGUACAUAUAAAAGACUAUUUGUAUAUUUUUCAUUAGUGUGAAAAUAUUUAAACUGAAAGAAUUUGGGUUAUAAAUUGUAUUUAUGAUUGUAGUUUUUUUCAGAAUUUUUGUAUUACCUGAUUUAUUCUGUUUUGGAGUGUUCUUGUAUGUAAAUGCACUGUUUGUGAAAGGGAGAGUUCACUAAGAUAUUUCUAAGGAUGUUUCAGUGCUAAACUAAUACAAAAUUUUUCCCUUUCCUGCUACCCUUAAUCCAUCUCUUUCCAACCAAGUAUUAGUACUCUGUCAAGUUGUAAAUACAAAUUAUGUAGGGGAUAAUAUUUUUUUAAGUAAGUUUUCACAAUCCAAAAUACAAAAUUGCAUAUAUAGUAUGUAAGAAAACUAAGGAAGAAAUUAUGCUGCAUUUUUCAUAAGGUAAGAUCUUGCUGAUAAAUUUAUUUUUAGUGUACUCCUCUAGUGUAUUUUACCAUUGAAUCAUUGAGUGUUGACAAAGUAAAAUCAGGAUUAAGAAUUGUAGUUUUCAUGAAUCUUCUUUAGCAAUCUUACAUAUGUAAUAUCUUGUAUAUUUGCCAACUCAAACGAUUUGCCAUGUUUAUUUCACUUGUAUUUUUAUAUGUGAUGUUUUAUUUCAUAAAGAUAUUCAUGAUGUUAAUAUC